AUGCUAUUCUCGUCGAUUCUAUUAUCUCUUGCCUUUGGCCGCGUCUUUGCGGACGCUGGAGACGAUGAUGAUUUGAUGACUUUUGUCACACUUCCCAAAGUACGAGCUUUGAAGUUCGACGUCACCUACCAAGACCGGGACGCUGUAGCCCCAGGAUAUUGGUUUGUUGCACCUUAUGGGAUCAUCGAACCCGAGGUUCCUACCAAGCAAUGGAUACCAUACCAAGUAGGGCCGUAUAUAUAUGAUGGAGAUGGAGUUCUGGUCUGGGCGGGAUCCCCCAUGUUUGACAAUCGGAAUGCGUUCGAUUUCAAAGCGGCCAACAACAUCGACGGUGAACCUCAUCUUUCGUUUAUUCUGCAGCAUCAGUACAAUGAUGACGGCACUGAUAAGGGAUUCGGGUAUGUUUUGGAUCAGCACUUCGAAGAGAAGUACAAAGUUGGCGUUGUCAACGACCUCAGUGCCUUCAAUAUGCACGAGUUUAAUAUCCUCGAUGGUGGGGAGUCUGCCCUCGCUUGCUCGUACAAGUCUCAGUACACAGAUUUGUCUGCCCUUGGCCGCCCUGAUGACCACAGUUGGAUUAUUGCUGGCGGAAUUCUCGAAUUGGACACCGAGACUGGCGAAGUUUUGUUUGAGUGGAGCUCCUUCAAUAACGUUCUCGUCGAUGAGUCGGUGAAGAUCUAUCAAAAUUCGUAUCCUUCUGAUCGACCAGGUUGGGAUUAUAUUCACGUCAACUCUGUUGAUAAGAAUUCGGCGGGCGACUAUCUUCUGUCUGCUCGGUUCAUGAACUCAAUAUAUUACAUCUCCAAAGAGGGCGAGAUUGUCUGGCGUCUUGGUGGGAAACAGUCCGAUUUCGAGAUGGAUUUUACUUUCUCCAAACAACACCAUGCAAGCUUCAUUGAGUCCAACGGAACACAUCAUGUCAUUUCCCUCUUGAACAACGCUUCAGACGAAGCAGAAAAUGAGGAGGAUGUUUCGUCCGCUCUUUACGUGGAGCUCGAUACGGCGGCUUCUCCUAUGACGGCAAAAGUUAUCAAGCGCAUCGACCGGCCGGAUGGCGGCCUAACACGGUUACGUGGUAAUGUACAGACUCUACCUAACAACAACACCUUUGUCGGCUGGAGUGAGAGCGGUUACCACAGCGAACACGACCCGGACGGCAACCUCCUGAUGGAGGCCAGGUUCGUCUCUACGCGCCUCUCUUCGUAUCGAUCCUACAAGUUCCCUUUCACUGGACGGCCAAACACGCCACCAGACAUUGUUUCGUCUGUGUAUGGUACGGAUAAAGAAGGUCUAACUACCAUUUUCCAUGUCAGCUGGAACGGCGCUACAGACAUUGCUUCAUGGAACUUCUAUGCGCGGCCUGAGGAGGAUGGCGACGCGGUGUCAAUUGGCAACACAACAAAGACUGAUUUUGAGACGAUGUACAUUGCUGAUGGAUACCUGGAUUGGGUGUCCGCAGAGGCAUUGGACAAGGAUGGUAACGUGCUAGGUACAUCGGAGGUACAGCAGACACAAACACCCAGCGAUUGGCAACUCGCUGGGUUCCAGGGCGAGGAUCAGCCGACUCCUGACGAUCCGUCGACCCUGCAUUCAACAAAAGAAAAGGAAGAUGAUGUGGGAGAUGUGGAGGAGGCUGAGCACAUGGAAAACAUGGAUAUGGAUAUGGACAUGGACGCCGAGGGAUCUCAAAUUGACCCCGAAGAAGCCGCCAAGGCGGUGGUCAAAGCCUACGAGAUGGUGCGCGCCAUUGGGGGACUUUUAAUUUUCAUCCUGGUCGCCGGUUCUCUGGGUGGACUUGUGGCCGGCGUAUACUACCAUAUCCGACGGCGUAACGCACAGGCUUACUCUGAAGUCCCGUCCGACGAGGCGGAACGCCAGCCCAUGGCAUCUACUUAA